AUGUGUAAAUCCCAGAUCAUGAGUACCCCUUGUCAAGAUCAGAAGUUUGAGAUGGUCAUCGUCAUUGCCGUCCUCGUGUGUGGAAUCCUCGUGCUUAUCGUCCUUUAUCUGAAACAUAAAUUCUUCGACAAUGAUCGGGAAAUGGCCGGUCAUCAUCAACAGCGGUCAUCAAAUACAUGUUUCUUGUCCAAUGAUAAUGCAGCUGAUCGAUCCGAGAGUAGCGCCUUCCACUCGAUCUCCUUCACAACGGGCCCCUCGACUUCCAAUUCCGAUUCCGCGGCUUUUGAUUGCAGGAGCUGUGCCAUAUGCUUGGACGAUUACGUGGAUGGGGACCGAGUGGUCGUCUUGCAAGCGUGCUUGCAUGUGUUUCACGAGGAGUGCAUCGACCAGUGGAUACCAUGGAGGUCGUCAAACUGCCCAGUUUGCCGGGCCAAAGUGAUGGAGCGUAUGAAGGGUGAGCCUUCCAGGAGGAGGCCGGCCCAAUGCCCCCUCGCUUUCUCCCUUGCUUACAGCAACGGUUUCAUAACAAACAGCCAUUCCGCACGGGUCAUUUAG